CUCAUUGGCCAACGGCAGGCCAAUCGCGGGCUCGGGCGCAGGCGAUCUUGCUCCCAAGCGCUGCGAUUGGUGCGAGGCCGAAGAGGCGCCUUCUCGAUCCAGCGCCAACUCAGAAACCAUGUUGGCCGCCUUGCCCCGGGAUGUCGGCCUCGUCGUACUGGCCUCGCUCGGCCCGACGGCCGACGCCUUGCACGUGGCGCUCGUGAGCCGUAGCCUCCGUGCGACGGUGCUCGCCUACGCUGCGCAACUGAAAAACGUGGUGUUCCAGAGCUGCUCACCCACGGACGCGGCGCGCGUCGCCUUCUUCCUUCGACAUGCGAAAGGCCUGGAGCAUCUUUCGUUCCGCGCGAGCCACCGCCUCGUGACAGACGCCUUCUUGGCAGCCAUCGCGCCGCUCCUCGGGGCGCUGACGUCGCUCUCGCUCGCCUACUGCACAGAGCUCACGUCGGUCGCGCCCUUGACGUCGUGCGUCUCGCUUCGGCAGCUGGACCUCGCGGGCUGCGCCAAGCUGCGCACGCUCGGGUUUGCCUUGCCAUCGCUGCGCGUGCUUCGGUGCGCGUGGUGCCGGCAAUUGACCGCCCACGAGAUCGUCCACACCAAGCUCGCGAUCACCGAGCUCUCGCUCGAGGGCUGGGACGUCGCCGACAUGGAGGUGCAACUCGCGCUCGUCCUGCGCGCAAACCAAGCGAUCGAAGCGCUGUCGCUGAUCAACGUACCACUCUCCGCGUCGGGGCUCUUUGUCGUCUUCAACCUCGCGGCGAAGCUCCGCCGCCUUGCUCUCUCCAAGAAGAGCGCCAACGUGUGGGUCGACGGCACGUGGGAGCUUCCGACGCUUCAGGCGUGGAUGCGGCGGCGGCCGAGCAUCGACGUGACCUUGGUCUAAUGGGAAAAAUGGCAAAUGGCAUGUGCAAAGUGA